AUGGCAGACCUGCUGAGCCAAACGUCAGACGCAACGGUGGACAACGCGCUGCUUGCUUGGUUUCCUCAUUUUGGUUCCACACCAACGAACCUAAAGGAACGCGCCCCUCUCAAGGAGUCUGAGUUGCGUGGUAUAUCAGAUGUUCUUCGUCGAACAGGUAGAGAAGCUUGGAGCUGUAUUCCAAGAGUCUACACAGUCCUUCGGAUCAUCAAUCAACUUCAAGCUAUCGAUAGGUUCGUCAACUUGGGGGUGUCUGAUAUCUGGUUCCCCUUCACCGCAAAUACGUUACCAGACACUCUGAGGUCCUCGGCGAAGUCAGCUUUUCUGAACGCUCAACGGCUCGUGCUUACGAAGGCCUUGUCUUUGGAGCAAGAAGAUGGAAAGCAUAGACACUUCUUAGAUCCCGCAGAGCUUCCUUUCACUAAGAUUGCCGGACUAGGAAGAGGGAGUUUUGGAUUGGUGGAUCAUGUAGUGAGCACCAUCAGCCACAGGGAGUAUGCGAGAAAGCGUAUACCGAGAGGCCGGACCUUCCAUAACGACCGAAAGGUCCUCAAAGACUUUGAGAACGAGCUAUCCAACCUCAAGAAGCUCUCACAUUAUCACAUUAUCGAGCUCGUCGGCAGUUAUACAGAUUCAAGAUCUGUCUGUCUUCUUAUGGCACCUAUUGCAGAUUGCAACCUGAAGGAGUACCUAGACGCGGAGCUCACGACUGAGCGCCGCUCACCACUGUGCAACUUCUUCGGCUGCCUGACGUCCGCUAACGUGCUUGUGAAAGGUGGCGAUCAUGUUUACCUGACAGACUUCGGACUGGCUUUAGAUUAUUCGGAAGCCGGUCGCAGCACCACCACCGCAGAAGUAGUCAAAAGCCCACGGUAUUGCUCGCCCGAGCUAGCGGCCUACCGUCCUAGGAACACAGCCUCUGAUAUCUGGUCGUUGGGUUGUGUCUUCCUCGAGAUGUGGACAGUGAUCAGAGAACGCACCGUUACUGAAUUGACUGCACAUCUUGAAUCCACCGGGUCACGGUCCAACCUCUACUACUCAAAUAUCGAGGGCAUCAAUUCGUGGUGCUCUUUGAACGCAACGCGCCUCAACACUAGAGCAGUGGAUGCUCCAUUGGCGUGGAUCGAGAACAUACUUGUGGAAGCGCCAGAUCGACGUUGGACCGCAAGUCUUCUGCUCGAUCAGAUUCAGGAGGCUAGUAAUGGGCCCAGCUUCCACCCAGACUACUGCGGAACGUGCUGUCUGGAAGGUUCUGGGCUAGUGGGGACCGUACACUCACCAACCGGGACCGAUGAAACGUUCUAUGAAGGGGCGGAAGACAAAAACAAUGGCUUGGAUGCGAGUGACCUCGCUUCGCUAACCACAUCAUUGGCACUGGCGACUAAGAAUCAUCCCGCCGCGGAGCACCGACAACAGCACGACGAAGAACCGCACCGCCAAACAUCUAGGGCUUGUGUCGAAGAAAAGGGAACAACAAUCCCCUCCAGGCGUGAUCCAACAGAGAACCCCCGCCGGAAGGGCAAGGACUGGGAUUGCCUCUCCAUCGGGAGCUCCUCCAGCGAUUACGAGUGCUCCUCCAGCGUUGACGAGUGCUGUGGCACAGUGUUCGGCAUCACGCAACAAUUGGAGAUCACCUUCCAUGACUUGUUCGAAUACAGAACUCAGAUAGAGGAGAUCGGAUCCUAUCCAUUAGCUCAAAACCAGCUCAAUCACAUGGUGGCAAGAUUUGUAGCCGACAAUGACGGACCAGACAGUUUGUUAAUCGUGUAUUACUCAGGGCUCUUUUCGUGGACAGAAGAAGAUGGAACGAGGCUCCACGGCCAAAGGUCCGGACUCAAUCUUGAUUCUCGAAAUUCCGUAAGAUGGGAUGUGGUGGAGCAAAACCUGCUCCACGGCCCAGAAGGGGAUAUCCUGGACAUCUUCGAUGCUUCUUACGCGGUUGAUCCUUCGUCGAAAAUCGAUUCAAACCUGACGAAGGCGCUACAGAAUAGCACCAGUGAUAUAAAAAGAAUUGGAAGUCCCGGAAAGACCGCCAAGGAACACACGACCACACGCAGAUAUCAGCUACUUACAUCCAGCGGCUCCGCUUACCCUCUUAACAAGCCGGAACCACGGUUCAUAACAGCAGCAUUGAUCGAAUCGCUGACUCAAUUAGUGAGCGAACGAAGCAAGUUCCCUACCACUUACCAGGGUUACACCUUCCGCAAAGUGCCGCAGCAAAAGCUUCCGCUAGGAGAAAAGGUCGAUUGGAGACACGCCCAUAGAACCGAGAUGCCUAUAACAUCAGACGAGCUUGAGAAGCGCCUUCGAGAACGUCGCCUUAAGAUCAAGAAAACUGUGUCUGACGAAUUUAUGUCUUUAACGGCUGAGAACCAGAAAUCGCAGGUUAUUCGACUGGCCGAGGAGAAGGAGAGCGAGGAAGAGAAUCAAUACGCAGAAUGGACGUUAGCGAGCGUAUAG